CGCGUCAUCAUAAUCGAUGUGUGUAUCUAUCUACGCUCGUUAUUAAUCCAACAAACCAAGUUACGUUACUCCUAGUCGUUAGUUUUAACCGAACACAUUCGUGAAAUCAAUAGGACCUCGUGGUCGAAAGAAAUUCUUCACACUCGACUGCACGAAGGCCCAAAAUUCAACUUGCGAUUAGCACCUGCAGAUUUUGGAUCUCAUUUGAAGGUGACACAGCAAGAGGAGUUUAGUGAAUCGAUUUCACGAUGUCUUCAGCGGACGAGGUCUCCGUGUUUCCGGCACAUGACCUGGAAGAGGAAGACAAUUUGUCCUUCAUCUGCAGAGCAUUGAGCGAAGGAUUCAAUUCCGUGUUUGGCAAUGAUUAUUCUAUAAACGAGAAAAUAUGCCAUGACGAUCCCUUGGGUCGUCCGGAAAUAACGGUAGGUAUAAACAGCGAUUGGACCGUAACUCAGGACGAAACAAAUAAUCAUGAUAGAUUUGACAGCGGUGCAUACGGAGAAUCUGAAGAAGAAGAAGAAGAAGACCAAGUCGAAGACGACAACUAUGACAGCAGGGUUUAUUACGUUCGUGAUAAUCCUGCUUUUUUCACGAAAUUUAACGAAAACAGCUGCGAUUCAAUUGACGAACAAGUCGUGCCCACUUCUGUGGAAGCAAGUCCGGUGGGUGAACUCAGUCUUCCGGCGAGUCCAAGAUUGGACAAUGAAGAUGUGAACGAAGAGGAGAAAAAAGAAGAAACAGAAGAGGAAGAGGAAAUAGAUCGGACAAAGAGAAAAGAACGUGACAGAGACAGUGAAUCGGAAGACGUUGAAAAUCACGAUAAACAAAAAGAUGACGAACUUGUGAAAAAUUCAACCGCGAAAAGAGUUCAUCUUGAAAGUGAAGCUGUGACUCGGAGUCAGCCUCAUCUUUCAUGAAUAUUAUCAGCGUGUAUUAUAAGUACGUAAAAAUAUGCAUAUAUACAUAUAAAAAAAAUAUAUAAUCAUAGAUAUAUUGAACAUCAUAGAUAGGAAUAUUCAUAUCUUCUAAGGAUAGUUGUAAUAAUUAUAAGAUAGGAUUAGUAAAUUUCAAUUAUUAAUCAAAUCAAUGUGAAUUUCACGUGAUUAUAAUCAUCAAUUUUUUGGCACGGCUCACUAUCAUUCCUCUUCCAUUUAUCAAUGUGCCUAAUCUUACCUGACGCAUAGAUAAUAUUAUCUAAUAGACAACGUGAAAAAUUGUAUUUAUAUAUUAUUUUUUUUUUAAAUGAUUUGUUUCAUAGAUGAUUGAAAAAAUAAAAUGUGGCGCAUUCCAGUGGAAAA